CAGGAGAGGGCAGUCAAACCUGGGUGCUAAGAACCAUGGAGUCGUGAUGCCUGAUGCUAAUAAGGAGAAUACUUUGAAUCAGCUUGUUGGUGCAGCUUUUGGUGCUGCUGGACAGCGUUGUAUGGCCCUAUCUACUGCUGUCCUGGUCGGGGAAGCAAGAAACUGGCUACCUGAACUAGUGGAAAGGGCAAAGAAGCUGAAAGUCAAUGCAGGUGACCAGCCAGGCUCUGAUCUUGGCCCACUCGUCUCCCCUCAGGCUAAGGCUCGCGUGUGUGAUCUUGUCCAAAGUGGAGUGGAAGAGGGUGCCAAGCUGCUGCUGGAUGGCCGGAAGAUCCAGGUGAAAGGAUAUGAAAAUGGCAACUUUGUGGGGCCCACCAUCCUUGGAGGAGUAAAGCCUCAAAUGAAGUGCUACACCGAAGAGAUCUUCGGACCCGUCCUAGUAGUACUGGAAGCAGAAACACUAGAUGAAGCUGUCGAUAUUAUCAACCAAAACCCUUAUGGAAACGGCACUGCCAUCUUCACCACUAACGGUGCCACAGCUCGUAAAUUCACACACCAUGUUGAUGUGGGACAGAUUGGCGUGAACGUGCCUAUCCCAGUUCCUUUGCCCAUGUUCUCAUUCACUGGAUCAAGAGGUUCAUUCAGGGGUGAUACCAACUUCUAUGGCAAGCAGGGUAUUCAGUUCUACACUCAAGUAAAGACAGUCACAUCCCAGUGGAAGGAGGAAGAUGCUACGUUAACCAGCCCAUCUGUUGUCAUGCCAACAAUGGGCCGCUAAGUUCACUUCACUGAGAUGGCAAGCCGUACGUUCAACAUGCUCGUCACUAUUGCCCUAUCGAAUCUGACUAAGCAAAUUUGGCACGAAUGGGUGCGCGGGUGUAACAUAUUUCAAUGUGGUCCUUUCAGCUGAUGUCAGCAUGGCGAAAGAAAAAGAAAGGAAAUUAUUUUUGACUGAUUUGUUUUUAGCAAUUUUGAACAUAACCUCAAGUUGCUAAAUGUUAUCCCUUAAAUCAGAUUUUAAGCUGCAGAAGUUGUCAAAUUCUGAUCAUGUAGCACACAUUAAGACAUAAACAUAACUUUUUUUUGUUUGAAAAUCUGCUUUUCUCUCAAUUUGAACAAAUUGCCCAGUUUGUUUUUCAAAAUAUGAUUCACACAAAAUAACAUGACUGAUCUUGUGAAUAAUGUAAGUUAAAGCUAUGCAAGUAUGCAGCCUCAAACCAUUAUGAUAUCCUUUUUAGUGUAAAAAAUUCAAAAUUGACAAUAUUUCUGUACUUUUUUAUUUAAUUGGAGAUAUUGAAUGCACAGGCAUUAGGUUGAUGAGAAACAAAUGUAACUGAGCAGUUUAUUUGUGUAAAGUACAGUUUUCUGAAAAACGUCAUUUGGUUUAGAAGUUUUGACUUUUGUCCCAAAACAAUUCAGAAAGAAAAUGAUUAUAAUUUAGGUGCCUUGGACAGAUAUAUUUUGAAAAAACAAGUUGGAUAUAAGCUAACAGCAGAGACACUUUUACUGAUCUGGUGAAUUACUGAGUCUCUCAGACCAGAAAGAUCCCAAAUUAAAAAUUUGAAUAUCUGUACAAGUGCCCUGUUACCAUGUGCCUUGUAGAUUCUAACGUUUCCUCUCUUUAGACCAGGUAUAUAUUUUCUCUUCCUUUUUCUAAGUGAGUUUAUGUUCUCUACCUUCCAAACUGCAUAGAUUGCUCAAAGAUUUAUCUAAUUCUGUAAGAUCAAAACCAAUGCUUCCCAUUCACAUCAAUCGAUGUCAAGUUGUACUGAAGAAAAAUUGUGAAUUUGUAUUGGAAAUAAGAUAUUCAAAUAAAUCUUGGUUGGAGUGUGAAGAGUCUCACCUCAAUGCCCUGUGUUGAGGUUUCCCCUUUCAAAUUGGGAGGAGGUAGUGCAGAAACACUUAAUCAUACAUGAAGCUCUAUGUUCCUGAUUGUUUGAGUUCAUUGUAACUGAUUAUGUAGAAAGCAUUGACAAAUUAAACUGUUUAUAAAAUG